CUGGCAGUAUCGAAUAUGGCGGCUAUAUCUUUUGGAAGCAUACUGCUCCUUCUCCUUUCUCUUUCGUUGGCUCAGCUACUCCGAUGGAACCCAAUGUGGUUUGGUCGUUCGGCGGGGGAGCUGCCAUCGUCGUCAGAGUUCUUUGUUUUUCACGAACACGAUACUCUCGACGACGCCCUCUUUCAACACGUUGGACAGCUGGGCGAUGAAUUUGAUGCGUACCGGAAUCACUGUUUACGGGUUUUGAGCUUUGCGGUACAUCACUUGGGUGGACUCCGAAACGUUACGAACCGUCAAGUCAAUCUCAUGGCGCUGGCACUCGCGUAUCACGAUAUUGCUCUGUGGACGGACGGUAAGUUGGACUAUCUGGACCCGUCCGCCGCGCUCCUGUUGCGAGAUCUGCGCAAGAACGACAAAAGUGGUUCCGUCCAAGAUCUGCAGGACGCUGACUUUGUGACCCUGCGUGAAAUUGUGUUGCAGCACCACAAGCUGACGACUUGGACUCCUCCCGAAGGAAGUCAGGCCGAUGAGUUGCUGGUGAACGCCGUGCGCAAAGGCGAUUGGGCGGAUGCCACCAUUGGUAUGAUCCGCUUCGGUUUACCUGCAGCCUAUUUAGAGAAGGCAUAUACAGAGUUACCAGAAGGCGGAUUCCACCGAAUACUUGCUCGCAUGGGAGGACGGCUAUCACCUGAUUCAAUCACUGAAAGGCUCGCUGUCCUCAACAUUUUCAAGUUGUAAAAUAAUUCACUCGGUGAAGGUUGACCGCUACUAAAGAAUCGACCAAAAAA